AACACAUGCUCUCGGAUGUUUCAAAGUUGCCUAGCGUACAGCUAGGAGAUUUUUUACUGCAAUUUGAGCUUGAAGAGCCCAGGGAGUCGGUACGAGAAAUAGCCAGACGAGAACUACGCGAAACGCCGGAAGUUGUAAAACCAGCUGUUGAAGAACUGAGGAAAUUGUUAGAAGAGGACAAGGAUCUUACAGUCCCUCAUGAUAGAGAUGCGUGGCUGAUAAGAUUUUUACGACCGUGCAAGUUCUAUCCAGAGAGUGCUUAUGAUAUGAUAAAAAGAUAUUACGCCUUCAAAGUAAAGCACCACAAACUCUACGAUGGUCUCACACCCAGCAAAGAGCAAAAUAUCUUCAACCAAAACAUACUACGAGUGUUGCCAAACCGCGACCAGCUGGGCAGAAGAGUUCUUGUCCUCGAACUAGGAAAGAAAUGGAACACAAGUAAGUGUUCACUAGACGAAGUUUUCAAAGGAUGCGUGUUGUUCCUGGAGGCCGCCAUGUUGGAGCCGGAAACGCAGAUCUGCGGUGCGGUCGUCAUAUUCGAUAUGGAAGGCUUAUCAAUGCAACAAGUAUGGCAAUUCACGCCACAAUUCGCUAAACGAAUUGUUGAUUGGCUACAGGAAAGCAUUCCACUACGAAUCAAAGGCUUAUACAUAAUCAACCAGCCCUACAUAUUCAACAUGGUGUUCCAGCUUUUCAAACCCUUGCUCAAAGAAAAGCUGCGCUCGCGUAUUGUAUUCAUGGGUAGUGAUAGAGAGCUUUUGUAUAAGUACAUAAGCCCUAAAUGUCUCCCGGACUGCUACGGCGGUACUCUCUCAAUACCGAAUGUUAACGGACCACAGUGGUUGGAACUCUUGUUAAUCUGUGAUACAGAAUUUGCAGCAAUCAACAAUUACGGAUAUAAGAAGUAAUAUGCCAUUGAUUGUAUAGUAAAUUACUCUUAUUCUUAUUAAAAUAAAACAUUGUGAUAUUUUACUUGAA